GGAAGCAGACAAGCUUCUCUAAUUUCACACUAAUUCGUAUUCAGGCUCAUAUUUGGCCAAAUUUAACACAAUGAACUACUCAAUUCCACUGGUUUUCGCCGCAUUAUCACAUUUCGACCCUCAGACUUUUACUACACACAGAUUGAAACGCGACCUCGUUCAACCCCUCGAAUUUACAAAGUUAAUUGAAGCUCUCUCCUAUGGAGACAAUUGUUCCUACGCCGCAGAAGAAAUUAGAGAAAACUUUGUGAAAUCAGGUAUUCUCAAUCCCACGGAAAUAGUUGAAUUAUUAAACAAAUUCCAGUCGGCCAUUGUCAAACUAGGACUACCGCUCUGCUCCUCGGAAAAAUUAGUCAUUUGCGACAAAAUCGGUGCAAAAUGUGUGUGUGGUGAUCCUGGAAGACGCUCAUUCUUAGGUGAUAACCACCCGAGCGGUCACGCUGCUCGUUUUGUCCCGGAUAUGAAGCGUGGAUUGUGUCGCUGGGGGGAAAGUACGACCUGUGCCCCGAAAGAAUACACCCCCACAAAAUCAGAACACUGCACCUCACGCACCCACUGCACUAGCAGAAAGACCGGAAACACUUGCCAACUUAGCGACAUGGUCAAUGAAUUUGCUUCACGCGGAACCAAUAAUGGAGUCAAAGCAUUUUUCUCCGGGGAGAUUUGUACCUGCCAAAGUGAUGAUAAGCCCAAAGUACCUCAUGAACAUGGAAGCGAUAGUAAGCGUGGAAAAUCGCAAGCCGUUUGUACCAAUCGUGGCGUCGAUGGAGUAGUGGUCACACUUAUUGCAACGCUUGCAAUUUCGAUUUUGAUAUAAAUAUAACCUUUACAUAUGUACAUGGCUUGUGAGAUUAAAUACACUAAAAAAUGAACUAAUUUAUUAUUUAUAAAAUGUUCGACACUUGAUGUGUUAAGCGUGCAUAAUUAAAAAUAAAGUAAAAACAAACACGCACAUGCUUGUUGCAUACAUAUAUCGAAUCGUAAAUCAUUCUAGCGAUAUAAAUGUACAGAUAUAUGUAUGUACAUCCACUUGUUAUAUUUGUUGAACUCUAUGAAGAAGUUAUUCCUUUCCUGAUAAAAAAACUAUUUCUUGUAGUAA